UCUCUCAAACCAUCUAUAGGAGUAUCGCAAUGAAGUUUACGAUACUAGCCGCUACCCUGGCCGCGGUAUGCACGGCUGCACUGGCACUGGAGUCCGACAAACAAACGGCAUCCGAGCACAACCACGCCGGCCGCGAUGGGCACCUGGAACAGACUCCGGCGGAGGACCGACAAUGGCCGACAGCUACCGUGCGCAAGGUAGAGAAACGACACCACGGCAAAAAGAUUCACAUCUUCCUUGGGAAACCGGGGAAGAGUAAGAAAUCUAGCAAAAAGCCAAACACGGAUAGCGACGGGGCUGAAACGCAAACUCGAAAAACUCCCGAACUGACCACCCGCUCGGAUAAGGCUGAAGAUCUGGCAGCUUCUUCAACUUCCGAUGCGCCGGAUGUCGCCGUUGGCGAAAGUCAGCACUACGAAAUCCCGGAGCACAACAUCGUGAAAGAGAAGAUCAAGAUUAAGCAUCACCAUCAUCAUCACCAUCACAACCACGUGAAAACGGUAGUGAAGAAGGAGCCAUAUCCAGUAGAGAAGGUGGUACAGGUGCCGAUUGAGAAAAUUGUUCACGUGCCCAAACCGUAUCCGGUGGAAAAAAUCGUGGAAAAAGUUGUGCAUGUUCCGGUAGAAAAAAUUAUCCACGUGCCUAAGCCGUACCCGGUAGAAAAAAUUGUCGAGAAGAUCGUCCAUGUGCCCAAACCCUAUCCAGUUGAGAAGAUCGUUGAAAAACCAGUUCACAUUGCUAAGCCUUACCCAGUAGAGGUCAAGGUUCCCUAUCCUGUGGAGAAAAUUGUCCACGUUGACAAACCCUACCCAGUAGAGAAGAUCGUAGAGAAAAUAGUUCACGUUCCCAAGCCCUACCCGGUGUAUAAGCACGUUCAUGUACCCUAUGAGGUGAAGGUACCGUACGAAGUUCCAAAACCGGUGCCCUAUCCUGUUGAGAAGAAGGUUCCCUAUCCAGUGGAAGUAAAGGUACCCUAUGAAGUUGAAAGAAAAGUCCCUGUCCCAGUUAAAGUUGAGGUAGAGAAAAAGGUACCUGUACCUGUGAAGGUUUAUGUACCGAUAGAGAAAAAGAUUCCAUAUCCAGUACCUGUUAAGUCUUCUUCAUACCAAUUCCAGUUCGAAAAAGACGCGGGAUACUCCAACACAAGGCUACAUCCAUUCGAAUCACAGCAACAUGAAGUGAAACACUAUGGCGAUGAAUACUACAACGGCGAGGAAGGAUAUAGGAGAACCACCAAGACAACCUACAAAAAGACUAAGCCGAAGAAAACCAAAAAGACAACCGAGGACUACAGGCAGCAACAGUCGGGUCAACAGCAAUCGGCACCAGUGACUGAGGAAACCCAAGACAAUCAAUCUGGUUCUUAUGGUUCCAGCACAAGCUCAGAAAACCACCAAUUACAACAAAAUGGGGCUCAUUAUUCACACACAACGAUCUACAAUCAUCCGCAUUCGUCUGCCCAUGCUAGUGCACAACAACAGCAAGAACAACAACAUCAGCAGCAACAACAAGCACAGCAGCAUCAUCAACAACAACAACAAGACCAACAACAUUACAACAGUCAAGAAAGUACCAACUACUUCACCCAACAGCUAAUGCAAUACCACCAACAACCCAAAUACGGGCCCUCGAUGUUCCCGCAGCAAAACGACUAUCAGACACAAUCCGCAAGCAAUGAGAACCAAUACAGCCAUAGUGAUCACUACGGCUCCAGUACUACCCAGCAGGAAGUGAUUGUAACGCCACCGUCAGCGGCUUCCGCCCAAUUCAGUUACGAUAUAUCCCAGCAGGCGAUGCCGCAAGCUUUUGCCCUAACCGCACCGUCCAACCCGGGAUCGAUGUUGCAGCUUGAGUCCCAGCCCCAAUCGUUCCAUCUCGUCCAGCUUUCGCCAUUCCAGUACCAAACCCCGACGGGAUUUUCCCUGCCAAAUGCAAGAUAAGCCAACUACGUCCCCCAAAAAGGAGUAGAUAGCCUUUGAACAAGACUGUGAACCAACCUAAUUCCUUCGCACCGUUAAGGCCGGUGGAUUCGCUCCACGGUCGGCAAACUAUUUAUGGGGGUUAGCCUCCGGUUCUGAGAAAAAAAAAUACCUAAACAAACUAUUUUUGUAAAAUAGUAAUUUUAUUCAAUUGUUUUCUAGUGCCCUAGCGUUUAAGUCUUGCACGAGGUCAGCUGAACACCGGAAUUGCACACUGUCAACGUGUACGUCGAGUAAUGUUGCCCGCGGACAGGCCUUGUAUAGUUUUGUUUUUUAAAUGUAUUGAUAGAACCAAGAAAACCAAAGCUCAUUAUCAAUGUAAGCGUGAUAUUAAGGUAGUUUUCUUUUCCGGGAGAGUUUUCUGCGUUUGUGGUUAUGAUACCGAAGCGGCAGCAAAUAGCCCAGACUAACAGUGCAGC